AUGAAGAAAUAUGAUUUAUUCCCCAUUUGCUCCGUUUUGUUGUUGGUCGUGUUGCUGAAACAACAUCCAUCAGAAGCCCAACAACCUUACGUGAAUGACAAGCAGUUCGACUGCGGCCAAGACCUAAACAUCACGAAUGGGUUUAAAUGCAACGGCGCCGAAACCAGUUGCCAAUCCUACCUCACGUUCCGAUCCACUCCUCCUUACGAUUCUCCACUGUCCAUCGGCCUCCUCUUGCACGCUGAUUUUUCCUUCAUCGCCGAAAUCAACAACAUCACAAUCUCCCAGGAAAUCCCCACCGACACCAAGACCAUCAUCCCUAUCGAUUGUUCAUGUCUGGGUCAUUACUACCAGCACAACAGCUCCCACCAGGUGCGGCCGUCCGACAGCUAUUUCAGCAUGGCCAACGACACCUUCCAGGGCCUCACCACUUGCCAGGCCAUGAAGCGUGAGAACCCUUAUACAGUUGAGACUCUGAGCGUGGGCGUGAAAGUAAGAGUCCCACUCAGGUGUGCUUGUCCCACGUCCAACCAGACAGCAAGUGGCUUCAUGUACUUGCUCGCUUAUAUCACUACCUCGGGAGAUAACAUCUCUACAAUUGCCGAUUUAUUCGGUGCGGACAAGCAGAGCAUACUUGAUGCAAACGAACUAUCCGAGGAUAGCAUUAUAUAUCCAUUCACAGCCCUUGUCGUCCCAUUGAAGAGCAAGCCCACCGGUAAUUCAAAAAACAGGUCGGCUAAUAGGUGGUGGAUAUGGCUCAUCGUGACAGUUGUGGGAAUUAUUAUUGCCUUGUUGUGCUUCUUAUGUCAUUCAAAAUGGAAAAAACAAAAAGCCGAAGGGGAGAGAAAAAAGAAACAAAAGAUGCUCCUAAUGGAACUUGGAGGUAAUGAAAUAACUUUCAAUGUACAUGACAAAGUGAAGAAACAAAGCAAAUAUGGGCAAGAUGGAUUGCAAACAUUCAGCUUCAAAAGCAUUUAUGAUGCUACAAGCAAUUUCUCAACUGAAAAUAAAUUAGGAGUGGGUGGUUUUGGACCAGUUUAUAAGGAAGAAGAAAAUAUAGUAAUAUAUGAGUACAUGCCCAACAAAAGUUUAGAUUUCUUCCUCUUCCGCAUUGCUCAAGGGCUCGUUUAUCUCCACAAAUAUUCAAGGCUAACAAUAAUUCACUGGGAUUUAAAAGCAAGCAACAUUUUGCUUGAUAAGGAGAUGAAUCCAAAAACAUCUGAUUUUGGCAUGGCAAAAAUAUUUGGGUUAAAAGGAUCAGAAGAAAACACAAAUAGGGUUGUUGGAACAUAUGGUUAUAUGUUCCUAGAAUACACAAUGAAUGGUGUUGUUUCAAUAAAAAUUGAUGUAUUCAAUUUUGGAGUUCUACUAUUAGAAAUCAUUAGUGUCAAGAAAAACAAUAGUCGCUAUCACUCUGAGUAUCCACUCAACCUUAUAGGAUAUGCAUGGCAGUUAUGGAAUGCAGGUAAAGGUAUAGAGUUUACAGAGCCAACAAUACUAGAUGAGUCAUUCAUUCCAUCUGAAGUAUUGAGAUGCAUUCAUGUUGGUCUCUUAUGCGUACAAGAUCAGGCAACAGAUAGACCCACCAUGCUAGAUGUUGUUUCGUUUCUUGCAAAUGAAACUAUUCAACUAUCUACUCCGAAACAACCUGCAUUUUUUAUCAACACAAUCACAAAAGACUUAGAUGUUUCUAAAAAUAAGUCAAAAAAUUAUUCAGUAAAUAAUGUCACAAUUUCAAAAUUGGAUGCCAGAUAA